AUGCUUAAACCUCCAGCACCAGAUGAAGAAAUAAAUUUAAAUAAUGAAUCAGUUUUCAGCGUUUCAGAAAUCGCGACGAAUCAAGAAGAGAAAGGGAAUUUAAGUGAAAUGCUAAGAGACGAAUACAGUGCAACUGAAUGCCUUAUAAAUAAAGAAUAUGGAAGCCAUAUUGUCUCUCAAAGACAAAAAACCUCACAAUAUUUAGAAACAAAAACUCUUUUCAAAGCCCUUAAUGAAGCCACAGCACGAAAUACACAAAAAGAAAUCCAAUUAAAUUGCUUAUCAACACUCGUAUCUGAAUUAAAACAAGCGCAAUGAGGAGAUUCUGAUUUUUCUGCUUAUUCAGUAGCUAUAAAAAAUAGAAAUUUUUUUUUUUUAAUUUUUGAAAUUUUAAAAAAAAUAAUUUUCUCUUAUUUGGAAAAAAUUGAAAAAAUCAAAGGAGAUAUUAAUGAAAUGAAUGAAAAAAUCGAAGAAGAAUUGUUUGAAACUGAAAGACUUAAAACAAAAUUAGAAAUUAAAAGAAAAGAGAUGGGGGAAAGCAAAAAAUUGUCAGUUGAAACUGCUGAUGCUUUCAAAAGACUUACAACGAAUUAUACAGAAAUAAAAAAUGCUCAGUUUUUAGCUUUAAAUGAGCUCACAUCAGCACAAGGGCAAGUGAUCCAAUGCAAAAAUGAUGGAGAAAAUAUGAAAGAAUCUUAUAGAAGAGCUUAUGAUUUAAUGCUGAGAAAAAAAGAAAAAGUUGAAAAUCAAUAUCAAUCUUUAAUAGAAAGAAUCACCUAUGCGAGAAUGAAAAACAAAGCAAAAAAAGAAGCCAAAAUCAAUUUAAUAAAUGAGCUAGAAAAUGGAGUAAAAGAAAAAAUUAUUCCUAUUUAAAUUGCAAUUAUGCGAUAAUAUUAUAAAAAUAUAUUAACUUUUCUAUUUAAUUUUAAUAAGAGUAAUAUUAAAGAAUUAUCAAAGAUGAAUGCCCAGAAUUUAAAAACGUAUCACGAAAAAUUCAAAAUAAUUGAAGAAAUUUUAAAAACUCAAGGCUACCAUAUAAAUUUUAUGAAUGGAAUUGCUGAUGAAGAUACAUUAAAAAUAAUCGAAGGUUUUAAAGAAUUAAAAUCUCAUGAAAUUUCAUUAUCCACUAUGUUUACUGAGCUUACAAGCCAGCAUAUUCUUGACGAAAACUUGUGUGAGGAAUUAAAAAAUGAAUUAGAACUGCUAAAAAUGGACACAGACUUAAAUGAAAUACCUAAAAAUCCUAUGACUUAUAAUGAUAUUAGGUCAAGUCUUAAUGAUGUUACAGUAAAUUUUUCAGUUCAAGAAGCCCAUGGAAUUGAUAAUUUAAUUAUGAAAAUUUAUUAUAGAAUUUUCCCAUAGAUGGCGCUGUUUGCCCUUGAUUACCCAUGAGGAAAAAUUUUUUGGUUUGACCAAACCAUAUGGUACUGGUCGAACCAAAAAAUUUUGCCAGUAGGCAAAUCAAGGGCAAACAGCGCUAUCUAUGGGAAAAUUCUAUAUCAAGCACUUGGCGAUAUAAGCCAGUCAUUCAAAGUUUUGGGGCUAAUUAAAAAAUACAGUAACGAUUUAGGCACUAAUGUAAAUGAAGUUUAUGAAUAUACGUCAAUAGAGCUCCCAAAUUUAAGAAAAGGCUCAAUAAAGCGAAUAAUAGUUGAGCAGCUUAAGCCACAAAAGCCUAUUCAAAAACCACUAUCUCGUGUAGAAGCAGCGCGAUCUCGUGAAAGUAUGAAAUCGACUGCUACCUCAAAGCAUGAAGAAGAGAAUGGUGAAAGCACAUUUGAAGAAGAAAUGCUACCUUAUUUACCUUUGUCUAACGCAGAAAUUGAUGAGGUCUAUUUAAGGAUAUUUCCUAGUGAAAAAGAAAACUCAAAAAAAUUCAUUGAAUUGUUGAAUUCUAUACCUAUUAUAAGGCAAUUAUUGACUGAAGAAAAUUUAAUAAAUUAUCUGAAAAAUGAAAAAAAUAAAGAAAAUCUUGAAAAUUAUUGGGAAAAUAUUGAAAAAAAUAUCAUUAUUUUGUUAGAAGAAAUCCAUAGAAAUUUCAAAAAUCAAGUUUUGACACUUUUUACUAUUUUUCUUAGAUUUUUUACAGCAACUGAAACAUCCACAAAUACUUUAUUUAAAGACAUAGUGAUUUUAUAUAAACAGCGCUAUCCGAAGAAAAUUAAUGCAUUCUAUGAAAAUCUAAAAAUUAAUAUGCCAGGAGGAGUUUAUAAAGAGCCAAGAUUUAAAAAGCAAACACAAGAUCAAAUGAAGCAAAGAAUCUUUAUCACUGAAGACACUGAGCCUAUUUCUAGAUACAGAGUGAUAGAAAAAGUUUAUGAAGCCCCUCCAGAUCAAGAAAAAACAGAAGAUCUUAAAAAAAGCCCAGGAAAAUCACAAAAAAUACUAAAGCGAAGCCUGUCUAAUGGGCUUCCCCAGCUUUCUCCUACAAUGCGUUACCAAGGGAUUUUCCAAGAAGCUAGAAAUCUAGAUAAAAGGCUAAAAGACUUAAAAAUCUACCAUAAGCGAGCAUCACAAAAAUUAGAAAAAUCAGCUUCAGCUGUCACAAGUCCCCAGCCUUUUAUGAAAAAAAUUUCAAGAUUAUCAACAAGAAUAAAAAAUAAUAUCCCGCAAAGCCCACAGACCGCUCAAAGUUCUAAAGACCGAAAAUUAAAGAAAACGCGAUUUAAGUCUGCACACAGUUCGCCACUAAAUUCUUUAUCAACAACAGCAUAUACAGUAAACACUUCUUCGCUUAUUAUAUAUACUUUUUGUGUUAAUUUUUCAUAUAAAUUAUCCAUUAUUUUUUUAAAAAAUUAAAUUAGAAAAUAUUAAAAAGUUAUUGGAAUAUCAUAA